AUUUUGAGAUUAUAUUGGGUAUCUUAAGAUUAGGUACUUUCUUGAAAUUAAGGGUUUAUAAAGAGAUAUUCUUGUCUAAAAAUAUGAAGAGCUUAACAAGUUGAAAGAUUUAUAAUCUUAUCUUAACUAGGAACCCAUAUAAAUAUCAUUUUAAAGGCUAUUUUGAUAUUACUUAUUGAAUACAAUUCAAAAUAUUAAAGAAAUGAAUGGCUAAAGUAUCUGUUUUGAGCUAAAGUUGUUGUUAAUUACUAAGAAACCUUUUCCUUUGAUGGUUUCCUCUACUCAUCAUCCCCUCCCACAAUUUCCCAUUUUAAGGGGUGUAUUUGUUUGGCUUAGGCCCCGCGUCCGACCUUUUCCCCUAAAACCCCCAUUUCGUCUUGUUUUCCAACGACUCUGCUCACACUCACAGUGAGCUUUAUCGCAAUCGCUUUUGUUCUUGUAUUCCUCUGCAGCUGGAAGUGUGUUAUCCAUUGGAAAAAAAUACUCGUGUCUGCUUGAUAGGCUCUUCAAAUUCAUUGAAUUUAUUUCAGUUUAGUUUGCCUCUGUGGCUCAACGCGUUUCGAACGAAAAGUCCCACCAAAAAAUAACCGAUAUUCGUAGGCGGAAGUGUAAGAGAGACAAAUCUUUAUAAAGAUAAGGUGGAGUGAAUAGGAAGUUGACAGCUUGAAAUGGAGAAGGGCUUUUGGAUCGAGUGGAGUGUUUUGGGAGUGUUAUUUGAGAGCUGGAAAAGUUUAAUAUGCUAAUGAAGAAAACAAGGGGAUUGGAGUUAAUGGAAUCAACACUCUUUUUGAGGCAUUUAUCUGCAACGAUAUUAAACAGAUUUUUUAUAGUAAUUUUUCAUAAAAUUCACAUCAACUUUCAAGAUUUUAAGUAAAUAAUUUAACAAUUUCUAGAGUAACAGAAGUAAAUCUCUAAAGAUUUUAAAUACUACUAUUUUACAUCUAUUUCUUACAAUCCUGAAAGAUAAAAUCCAUAAUCUAAUGAUUCCCUCUUCUUAACCUCUCAAAAUCCAAUUGCUGCCAUUAUCUAACCCCUUUCAACUAACCUUGAAUAAGUUGGUAUCCAAGCUGAACUCAAUUCGGAAAACAAAAAGAGCAUAAUAUCCAACAAAAAGGGGCGUCAAUCCCACUACAGUUCAUUACACUGAACAUUCAUUGACCCAAUCGUGGUGCCUCGAAAAUUGCAAACCGAAUUGGACUUGGUAUUGGGGUCAGCGGCGAACAGAAGACCGAUCUAAGCCACAAUUAUUUGCCAAAUCAGGCAUUAAUUAACCAACUCAGAGUUGACAGAUUAGCAUAGAAUUUCGGUUUGAGCCCUUCUUUUGCUUCUCCUACUGCCAAUCCCCGCCGCCUAACCAGUCUCAUAUGACAGUUCAGUGUUCAGGAAGACGACGAAUGUGUCUAACAAAACAAGUGACUCGAAAACUGUGUCAAUACUUUGGGUUCGGAAAACAAUUUACCUCGAAAGGUGAACUGUGGAGGCAACGCGAACCCGUCCGGCUAAUUGGAUUUACCGUGCGUGUGCCUUCCAGCAAACAAGGGAAAAGGUUGUUGCAAUAAAAUCAAACAAUUGCAGUGGAAAAUCGAACGUGCAGUGUGCCGAACGUGCUGUGUUGGUCGCGUCAAAAAAAUAACAUAAAUCGAACAAUUUUUCAAACUUUUUAGUGAGAUUUUUUGUAUAAAUGAUUUUUUAAAAUAAAAACUAAAAAUAAAAAAAGUUUAUUGCAAAAAAUAAAAAAUAUAAUAAAAGUAAAAAAAGAAAAAAAGUUACCCUUCGACCGUGACAGGACUCGAACCUGCAAUCUUCGGAUCCGAAGUCCGACGCCUUAUCCAUUAGGCCACACGGUCGUUGUGAAGUGCUGCGCUUAAACUCGAGCUAAGCUGCGUAACUUAUGAACCGAGUCACCGCACAGGGUGGAUUACGCGAAUCUCACUGAAGCAAAAACGAAAACAACAAAAAAUAUUUAUUAUCAACAGGGUGUGACGGAACUCAAGCGAUUAAUAAAUUACAAAUAUGAAGCCCAGCACAGGUCGACGCCGCAGCUUUAAAAACAAGCCGCCCAAAGCGAAUGUGUACAAUCCGUUGGUGCGCUAUCGCCCUGCGGCCUAUGUGCGGAAUGGCAUUAUUGGUGGCGGCGAUGGACCCGGGUCCAGUGGCCUGUACCAGAUCAACGACAAGGUCUACACCACCAGCAAGAUGUUUCUUCGCGACGGAUUCAUGUAUCCCCGCCAGCCUGGCCAGCCCAUGGAUCCCCGGUAUCCGCUCGAGCUGCACGAGUUCCCUCAGCAAUUCGGAGCCACCGGUCUGCAAUUGGUCAGCACACCCAAGGUACAUAUUGCCGGUGAAUAUUUGGCCAAUGACCAGUUGCAGCAGCAGCAACAACAGCAACAGGUGCAGGAGCACCAACAAUUGGGCAGAAGAAAGGCCGCCACCGCUGCCGCCGCUGCCGAAAUCAAUUUGGCCAAUCAGGUUUAUUGGCUGGGCAAGCAAAAGUCCAGAUCCCGAUCCCGCAGCAAUAGUUUGGGCAACAAGAGCAUCACCAGCUGCAUGGGUGGCGGCGGCAGUAAUGGCGACAGAGAUCGGGAAAGAAAUCAGGAUCGUCCCUAUAUACGCAAUGUGGAUGAUCUGCUCCAGGCGCUGGGCAAAAGGGAUGGCGGCGGAGAAAACGGUAGCAAUAUGCUUGAAACCGCCUCCACACAUUCCUCAACCCAAAGAAGACGCUUCAAAAAGGUGAGAGUCUGAUUGAUGAGAAGAGAAAUAUAUAUCAUAAAAUGUGUAGGCUUGAAGAGAAUAUUUUGAAAUUUAUUUAAAAUAAAAUAUUGGCAAAAAAUGUAUUUAUUAACGACCGUGACAGGAUUCGAACCAGCAAUCUUCGGAUCCGAAGUCCGACGCCUUAUCCAUUAGGCCACACGGUCAGUUAUAUAAAUAGAAAAAUAUAUACCCAGUACAUGUAGAAUAUAUUUUUUUAUGAACCUUUUUUAUUAAGUCUAAUAAUAUGAUUUUAUACUGAUAAAAGAAGCUUUAAAUUCCGUUUUAAAUUAAAACAAAUUCAAAUAAGUUUAUAAUGUUUGCGAGGCUUAUUUUCUAGACAAUUUACAUGUUUUUCCGUUAAAUUAUUUCGAAAUUCUCCACCCAAAUUGGAUACAUCCAACCCAACAAUCAAUCAUCGCAUUGCAUGGCUAUUGAGCAACUCGGAAAUUUGUCAACCAGCACAGCACCGCGGCAUUGCAACACUUUCAAUUGUUGCUGCGACACCUUUUUCUCUUUCGGCCACCUUAAUUACGCCUGUGGCCACUGGCCAUAUGACUGGGACUCGUUCCGCCAGGUCAUCAUCACUCAUCGCGCAGUGUCCAGAAUCGAGGCAGCGAAGCCUACCGCCCCUGGGGUGCGUCUGCGCAAAAAUUAAAAUUAAUGAUGUUCAAAAUGUUGCUUGAGGGUUUAAAUGGAAAUGAAGGCAAAGUGGGAUGAAGAAAUAAAAAGUGGUGAGGGAGCAGGUGGGCAGGAGGAGGAGCUGGGCAGCCGGUAGCUGCUAAUUUGGCAUCCUCGAACACACCUGCCCUGAAAGAUAUUCCGUCCUCCUGCUUUUUCAAUCUCUGAAUAAGCCCCAAAAGUCAAAGCUUUGAUGUGGUUCCUUUUACUGCGUUUAGAGCCUUUUUCUUACUCCUUUAGAACUUAUUUUAUGCAUUUUUAACCCGCAGUGCUGCUCAGGCUUCCAUGACGAUUUAG